AUGGCGAGAUCAGAUCUCAUUGUCCUUACGUGCGCUAGCGGUCGACAAUGCAGCCAGAUCAUCCCCUUCUUACACAAAGAGCCAUCGUCAGCGUCACCACGUCCUGCGCUCCGCCUGGUGGUCAAUUCUGACAAGUCACGCGCACGGCUUGCCGAGCAGUAUCCUGACGCAGAGGUCGUGCGUGCUAACCUUCAAGUGCCCCAAGAAUGCGCUGCGAUCGUUGACGGGGCUACUACCGUCUUCUACGUUGGGCCACCCUUCCACCCAUACGAAGUCACGCUGGGCAUGAACAUGAUCGACGCCGCUAUUGCAGAGUCUCGUCGACAGGAGCAGCAGCAGCAGCAGCAGCAGCAAGAGAAGGGCGGCAAUGUGAUCUCAGACUCAAGUUCACCAUCCACGCCCCGUUCCCUCCACUUUGUCUUCAGCUCCGCGCUGCACCCGGAGGCCAGCAAGCUGCUGCACCACGACCAGAAGCGGCAGAUCGAGGAGUACCUGACGGAAUCGGACUUGUCGUACACGAUCCUCCAGCCGAGCACAUUCAUGGACAACUUCAUCGGCCAGCUACUGAGCCAGAAGGACGCGUCGUCGCAGGGGAGUGACGGCGCAAGGGGCACAUUCAUGGCGCCAUUCAACCCUGCUGUGCGCAUGUCCUUCUCGGCGGUGCGCGACCACGCCGAGGUCGCCGUCAAGGUCAUCCGCGAGCGCGAGCGCCACUUCUUCGCCACGUACCAGCUCGUCAGCACAUUGCCGAUCACCACCGCCGAGUACGUCGAGGCCAUCGGCGGCGUGCUCGGCAUACGCUUCGACAUCAAGCGCGUCCCCCUGGAACAGGCCGUCGAGAUGUUCAUCAAGAUGACCUACGGCGUCGACCGUGCCGGAGAAAUGGACCAGACGUUCAGGGACGCACCCGAGCGCAUGCUGCUCUACUACAACAGCAGGGGUUUGCUGGGGAAUCCGGGCGUCCUCGAAUGGUUGCUGGGCAGGAAACCCACCACGCCGGCCGAACUGGCUAGGCUGAAGCUCAAAGGGGAAGCCUGA